AUGGGGCCGGGGGAGAAGCGGCGGGGCAGGGGCUGCGAGCAUCUGGGCGCCGUGCGGGAGCAGCAGGCCCGACUGCACGCCAGCCUGCUCCACCACUGGCAGCAGCGUAAGGCCGCCGGCCAGCCGCUGCUGCCGCUGGGCGACGGCCUCCUGUGCCUGGGCUGCGGCGCGCGCUGCGCCUCCCCACUCGAGCACGGCAGCAAUGGCGGCGCCGGGCAGGGAGGGUGCACAGGCCACGAUGUACUGCUGGACCUGCGGCGUGGUUCCGUGCUGCCCGGCUGGGCAGCCUGCGGGGCAGCCCGGCCGCCGCCAGGGCUGCCAUGCUCGCGAGGCCUUGUACACUUUGACUUGGCGCUCCAGGCAGCCCUGGCCUCCGCCAAGAGUGGCGGCCUGCCCGGCGGCGGCACCGCAGCAGCCACCAUGCCGCCAGGAGCAGCAGGCCGCGGCCCCAUCGGCAGCGGCGAGGCAGGGCAGGCCGGGGCGCCGCCGCCACCCGGGCAGCCUGCCCACGGCCUUGCCAAUGCCCAGCCGCAGGGGCAGGGGCAGGGGCUGGAACAGGAAGACCAGAAGCAGCAGCAGCAGGCGGCUGGCUCGGCAGCCGCACCAGCAGCCGUGCCAGCAGCGGCAGCAGCACCAGCAGUACCAGCAGCAGCGGCGGCGGCGGCGCUGGCAGAGGGCUUCGCUGCGGUGGCGGCCGACGGCUUCCCGGCUGGGCUGCGCGGCCUGAACAACCUGGGCAACACCUGCUUCAUGAACAGCGUGCUGCAGGCCCUCCUCCACUCCCCCCUGCUGCGCAACCACUUCCUGCUUGAUGCCCACCCGCGCGCCGCCUGCACCCUGGCCGCCGGCGGGGGCGCCUGCGUGCUGUGCGAACUGGACGGCGUCUUCAGCGCCGCCUACUCGGGCCGCCGCGCCGCCUACAGCCCCGCCCCUUUCCUCUACGCCUGGUGGCAGCUGGCGGGCGGCCAGCUGGCGGGCUACCAGCAGCAGGACUCCCACGAGUUCCUGUGCUUCACGCUGGAGAUGAUGGCGGCGGCAGAUGGCGACCCCGGCGGCCCCGCUGCGGGCGCCGCCGGUACCGCCAGCUUCCCGCCGCCUUCCGCCUGCCUCUCCCGCCGCCUGUUUGGCGGCACGCUGCGCUCGGACCUCAUGGCACCGCUCAUCGCACCGACCAUCCUGCCCCGCCCAGGCGGCGGCGGCGGCAGCAGCGGCGGCGGCGGCGGCGGCAGAGCAGGGAAGCUUGUGGGUGCUGCCCGCCUGUCUCAUGAGAGAGCGGUGGCACGGAAGGCGGCGGCGGCGGCGGCGGCUGGCGAUGCAGCAGCGGCGGCACCAGCAGCAGCAGCAGGCGCAGCAGGCCCCUCGCAAGGGCAGCAGCAGCAGCAGCAGCAGCAGCAGCAGCAGCAGCAGCAGCAGCAGCAGCAGCAGCAGCAGCAGCAGCAGCAACAGCAGCGGCAGCUGAGCGGAUUAGCGGCGGUACCAGUACCGGUACCGCCUGCCGCGCCCGAGAGUAGCGGGGAGGUGGAGCUCAUAGACCUGUGCCACUCGGAUUCCAUGACCUUGGGCGGCGGCGGCAGCGGGAUGGAAGGCCUCUCCGGCCUGGGGGGCCCCUCUGGGCUGGAAGGCGCGUCCGGGGUGCACCCGAGCGGCGGCGGCGUGGCGGCGGCGGACGACACGCAGGCACGCUGGGGGGACACGCUGUCGUCCCCCCGCCAGCAGCUUAUGAGUGCCCCGCUGCCUUCCCUGCAGCUGCUGCCGCACCUGCACCCCAGCUUCCAGCCGCAGCAUCAGCAGCUGCCGCUCCCCUCUUUGCACCUAGAAGGGAAGGAGCUUGCGCAGCGGCAGCAGCGGCCGCCCGCGGCGCAGCAGCAGCAGCGGCGGCAGGGGCCGGCGGCGCCGCCGGGCGGCGGCGCAGCCGGCGGUACCACGCUACCGCCUGCAGCCUCCGGGCGGCCGCCCAUACCGCCCGGCAGCAGGGCGGGGCGGGGAGCGGCCGGCGGGGGCGGCAGGGGAAGCGGCCAGCCCCCGCAGCAGGCGCAGCAGGCACAGCAGGCGCAGCAGGCGCAGCAGCAGCAGCAGCAGCGGGGCGAGGGCAGCUCACCCCCCCAGGGGUACUACCGGUGGCCGGGGGCCUCGCUGCUGGGCUGCCUCAACCGCUUCACUCAAGAGGAGCGGCUGGGGGCGGGGGAGCGGUGGGCGUGCGAGAGGUGCGGCAGCGGGCAGCACGCGGUGAAGCAGCUGUCGCUGCGCCACCUGCCGCCGCUGCUGGCCUUCCACGCCAAGCGUUUUGAGCACGCUGGCGGCUUCCGGGCAGUCGCCAAGAAGCUGGACACCUACCUCAGCUUCCCGCUCAGCGGCCUCGACAUGCGGCCCUACCUGGCUUCCACCAAGCUGCGCAGCCGGUACCGCCUGCCGCCGCCGGGAGAGCGGCAGCCGGAUGGUCGGGUGCAGCAGGCACAGCAGCCGCUUGAGAAGGCCAAUGCGGGACAGCAGCAGCAGCAGCAGCAGCAGCAGGAGCAGCAGCAGCAGGAGCAGGCGGCAGCGGCGCCGCCAGCAGCAGGCGGCGCCAGCGGCAGCGGCGGCGGUACCAUAGGUGGUACCUCCAGUGACGCCCGCUUCCUGUACGACCUGUACGCCGUGGUGGGGGGCCACUACGUGGCGUACGUGCGCGCCGCCGAUGGACGCUGGUACCUGUGCGACGACGCCUGGGUGACGGCGGCGCAGCAAUGCGGCAGCACCUUGAGCAGUGCAGGGGAGCAGGUGGCGGCGCCCCGCAGGCCGCCCCGCUGGCGGCGGCGGGGUGGCGGCGAGCUCUACAGCCUGCUGCAGCCGCUGCAGUCGGCGGCUCGCUCCUCCACGUACCCCCAGCUCUCAAUUACGCGCCCCAUGUGGCCCUUCUCUUCCAAAGCGGAGCUCCCGCCCGAGCAGACCGCAAGGAUCACGCGGAGAUGCGGCGUCGCGGCGGGCACCCUGCAGCACUGCCUGGCGGCCAACCCCGGCAGUCCGGGCAUAUGCAGCAGCCUGGAGACGCAGGUGGUGCACUGCUAUGCAGAGAUAGCCUGCCCCUCCCUGGCAGCAGACCACCAGCGCUGCUUCAAGCGGGUCGUCAACAGCCAGGGCAAGGAGCCGUUCAGCGCCUGCGACAAGGAGGUGGAAGCCAUGCGGAAGUGCCUGCGGCGGUACCGCCUGUACCCCUUUGCCAGCAGCGGCAGCAGCAGCGGCGCGGGCGGCGGCGGCGGCGGCGGCGGCGGCGGGGCGCCGCGGUAG